GCUUCUUCACAGCUAGCCUUCCUCGAAGCAGAAAAACACAAAGUUUCUAAUAUUUUAGGCCUCCUCCAGUAUAUUCUAUCUGUUACAUUAGAACUGCGCCAUGGCCUCUAAUAUUAGCUCCAAGACCCUGCUUGUCCUCCUUGUUGCCCUUGCCCUCUCUGUGCAAGGCACUCUAGGAGGGAUAGCGUGUGAGCAUCUAGACCAAGACACGUGCGCCUUUGCAGUGUCGUCCUCCGGAAAGCGGUGCGUGCUUGAGAAGCACGUGAAAAGGAGCGGAGAGGAAGCAUACACAUGCCGUACGUCAGAGAUUGUGGCCGACAAAUUGAAGGACUUGGUGGAGACCGACCAGUGCAUCAAAGCAUGCGGGCUUGAUCGGAAAACACUCGGAAUCUCAUCGGACUCUCUCCUCGAGUCUCUCUUCACCCAAAAGCUUUGCUCGCCUCAGUGCUACCAGGGCUGCCCCAACAUUGUUGACCUUUACUUCAAUCUUGCCGCUGGUGAAGGUGUAUUUCUUCCAAAAUUAUGUGAAGCACAAGAAGCAAAUCUGCGGCGAGGGAUGUCUGAGAUCCGGAGCUCUGGUUUUGUAGCACCAGGUCCGGUGCAGUCGAUGAAGUUCACGGUUGCACCAAUAGUUGCGCCAGCGUUGGCUCCAUACUAGGAAAACUUAUACGAUACGAAGCCUUAAUUAGUUGUUAGGUUACAAUAAUGAAGUCACACCUGUACUGCGUGUGUUCUUCAAACAAUAAGUUAUAUUGAAUCAUAUACAGUUAUCGGUGUGUGCGUGCUUAAUUUAUGUAUGGUUUGGAAAUGAAAAAGAUUCAAAAGAAGAAAGAAGAAGAAAAUAUGUUCAUUCAGCUA